AUGUCUCUACUUGGUCUGUCGAGGAGCCAGCUUCACGCCAAGUGGAAGGAAUGGUUACCUCCUGGCGCUGUCGACCAGCUGUGCAGUACGGACCGGAUCAUUAUACUCCACGGCGACAUCCUUCAACCAAAUCUUGGGCUAACCGGCCUGGAGCUGGAUAAUGUCCGACAUGACAUCAACAUUAUCAUUCACGCGGCAUCAUCUAUCAACCUCAUCAAGCCACUGCAUCAGUUAUCUGAUACGAUUAUUGAGGCCAGUAAUAUGAUGGCUGACCUGGCCUUGACAUGUAAAAGGCUGGACCGGUUCGUCUACGUCUCCACUGCAUACGCGAACACGCACUACUACGCCCGAUGCGACGAGCUUGAUGUGAGAAUCGACGAGAUCACAUAUCCUUUGCAACGCCAACGCUCCGUCCUUGACGAGCUAGAGGAAGUGCGAAAGCGCGGCACAAGCCAGGCAUAUGAGGCGGAGAGUUUCCCCUGGGCCUACGCAUACGCAAAACACCUCACGGAGAGGUUACUCCAUUACAAGUUCAGCAAGAAUGUCUCCGUGGAAAAGCUGCUUAUCAUCCGUCCGUCGGUGAUCGGCCCGUCUCAGGCGCUGCCAUUCCCCGGCUACAACAUGCCUCUAAUCAAAAUAGCUACGAAAAUGAGUCAUCCAGACCUGGAAACACACCAAGACGAGGUCCCGGUGGACGUGGUCGCGGAUCGCCUUCUCUGUCAUCUCGCGCUGGGCACGCAUGGGUGUGUCCACGCGGUCAGCGGUGUAAGGGCGCGGAUGAAGUAUGAGCCAUGGCGGAGGGCUUUGACGAAGAUCCGCCGAAUCCCAUGGGAAGUGCAGCCUCUGUGGGUGAAGGGCGAUUGGAAGUCUCCUGAUCAGCAUCAUCUGGCUCGGCUUUAUGCCGUUCUGGGAACGUCUUUUGCCUUCUCGGAAGACCGGACAGUUGCCGUUUAUGAAAAGCAUCCGGAGAUCAAGGACUUGGGUUUGCAGCUGUUUACGGACCUUGACAUGGGUGGAAGUUUUCUGUCUCGGGCCCAAGGGAUCCGCUAUGUGAUGGAUCGGCUUGCCAAAAGGAACUCCGCCCCCUGGCCGUCUGAAGGUAUUAUAGACUAUUGA